UCAACUACGAUGCACUUUGAGGUCCGAGGAGCCUCCAUGAGCUGUUCCGCCUCCAGCAGGAACACAUCUUGAUCUGACCCUACUGAAUGUACUCUGUCUUACUAGACCGGGUCACACCUCCUCGACGCGCCCAGUCCUUCCGAAGGGAGAAACCCGAAGAAGAGGAGGAGCCAUCUUUCCUUCCCCAGAUAUCAUUCGUGGGUGUCUGGCAUGCCGGCGGGCAAACCCCUUUUUAAAAAGUCUGCUCGACCGUACAAACCCUUUCCCUGAGACCCAGGACUCCUUCUCGCUUGCUUUCCCGCCUCCAUCCCUCCCUCCUUCCCUCCCGGCCUCCCUCUUUUUCUUUUUCUCUUUCGGAGAGGUCAUGACCGCCCUCGGCCGCUAGGCGUCCCCGAGCGCGGGGAGCGUCAAAGAGCGGAGUUUCUCCUCCAACAGGGAAAAAAACCAUUAAAGCCGCUGCCGGAGCCGAGAGCCGCGGGAGGGGGCUUGGGUGUCCGAGGGCCUUCUUCGCUGCUCCGCUUCGGCCCUGAGAUAUUCCCGGCCCGUCGCGAGGACCACCCGGAGCGGAAGGCGCAGCAGUUCUGAUAAGCUGUGACAAUGCGUGAAUACAAUGAAAACAAAGAGACAUGUGGGACCAUCUGUCUCAAAUACCUGCUCUUCAUCUUCAACUUCUUUUUCUGGCUGGCAGGUGGAGCCGUGAUGGCAGUGGGCAUCUGGACCCUGGCUGAGAAGAGCGACUACAUCAGCCUCCUGCAGUCUAAUACAUACAUGGCAACAGCUUACAUCCUGGUGGUGGCCGGUGUUGUUGUCAUGAUCACUGGCAUCCUGGGCUGCUGUGCGACAUUCAGAGAGCAGCGGAGCCUGCUGAGGGUGUAUUUCUUUUUGCUGCUGUGCAUUUUCCUCCUUGAGAUAAUUGCUGGAAUAUUGGCCUACAUCUAUUACCAGCAGCUGAAUGCAGAGCUGAAGCAAAAUCUGAAGGACACAAUGACCAAGAAAUACCAGAAGGAGGGAGAAGAGGGUGUGACCAGCGCAGUGGACAAGCUGCAGCAGGAGUUCAAAUGCUGUGGAAGCCACAAUUAUACAGAUUGGAGUGACAGUGAUUGGAUCAAGUCUGCUGAAGGUAAAGGGAGGAAGGUCCCAGACAGCUGCUGCAAGACAAUAACGAAAAAUUGCGGUGAUAGAGAUCAUCCUUCAAAUAUCUACAAAGAAGAGGGUGGUUGCAUCACUAAGCUGGAGAACUUUAUCCAGGAACACCUGAAAAUUAUUGGAGCCGUGGGACUUGGCAUUGCUUUUGUGCAGAUCUUUGGGAUGAUCUUCACCUGCUGUUUGUAUAGGAGCUUGAAAUCAGAACCUUACUAGGAGCUUCAAGACUACCCACCUACUCAACUCCACCACAUUUCAUCCCAUCAACCUACUUUCCGUCUGGCAGCUUGGAAAAAUCAGCAUUUCAAGGACUUCUGCUACUUCAUGAAAUUUAUUCUUCUAUCACCCAGUGUGCCUCUGCCCGAGAGAGCAGCCUUCCCUUUUCAUAUAAAACAGGGAAGGCCCCGCAUUCCUCCCCUUCAUUUCUUUGCAGUCCAAAGUAAUGGAGUUGUAGAAUCCUGUCUGCAGAAAACUUUUACGUGCCAGGCCCAGUGUGCAACCUGAAAGAGAGAUCAUUCAAGGGCUGCUAGCGGCUCAGAGGUUCCAGGUAUGGCCUUUUAAUGAAUGGCUCUCUGAUCUCUGAGGGAUGACAACUGGCCACAAGGAUGUAUGGGGUAUAUGCAGGUUGCGGGUUUAAAUGCUCUCUUCCUGAACCCAGAAACAGUAGCUUUCUGGACCUAUGGAAGUUCUGAUGACUGUUCUGCCCCAUCCUUGAAUGGCGCUGUCUCUGCCCACUUCUCCCCCUGCUGGGUUAUUAUCUCUUCUCUGGUUCUCUUUGUGGAUACACUGGAGAGAUGGAUGGACUUAGGUUAACUAGUCAGCAGCUUCUUCCUCCGGGCCUCCCUUCUCCUUAGAAAGCAGGCCCUCUUAAGAAGAGAGAAGCCUUGUGCCUUUCAAAUCAGGUGCCAGAGGGCAUUCUCGUGUUCUCUUAAUUAGAAGCCUUAGUCUGUCCUUCAAGAAGAUGAAACUUUGUGGGUUUCAGUUAAAAUGGUUCCCUGCCUAUAGAAUGCUGUCAAGAUAAGCUCACUUUGUGAAGCAGGCACUCUUCACACGAGUUAAAAUUCCUUUCCCAGACUGACACCUCAUUUAGUUGGGGAGGAAAUAUGCCACAAGCAUUUGUAUCCAUCUUCAAGGUCUCAUUAACCAGUGAGGUGUUAUCUGACUGCGAGGAGACCCAGAACUCUCCCCUUUUCUCAUUAAUUUACUGAGUGUGCUUCAUUUAAAAAUAUAUAUCGAGCUGGGGAGGGGGUGUCCUUUGUUAAAAAUCAGCAGUAAUCGAUAAAGCAAAGAGCAUUAUUUGGUGCCUUCAGCACCCACAGUGCCUACUUCCUCUCUUGUAGAGGAGGUUGUCCUAGCAGUGGCUCUUGCUGCUGAAUUUGCUAGGCUUCCCAUAAGUGCAUAUGUACUAAAGGUCUUCAUGGAACUUGUCCCUGGUCAUGGAUUUUUUGCCUCUUUAUGGGUGCCCAGAUCCUAUUGGUAUAGCUCAUGACAAAAUGUUUUAUGUUUUCCUAUUUGACCACAGCCUCAAACAUUCUUCAGUUAACACCUGUUCCCAUACCUCAUUUGUAUGUUCAAUGCAGCAGCAGCUGGAAGAUGGGGAGUUAAAAUUUACUUCUCAUACUGUUGAGUUGCUGUGAUAGCAGCCUGCGUGCUGCCAUCCUAUUCAGAUUCAGUUGUAUAAAUGAUGGUAUAACUAUUCAGUUGUAUAACUGAUGCUUCCUUGCCUUUUCAAGACUUAAUCUCAAGAGAAUUCAUAUGGUCUAACACACGUGGUCCCCCCCCCAACCCAGUGUCAGCCUAUAUGAUCUCAAUCACAAAUCCAAAUCUGGCCAUCCCUUGCCACCCAAUAAUUUCUACUGCUGUCUUGAUGUGCCUUUCCUCCAGCAGAAUAUCUGAACGAAUGAAUGCAAUUCCUCUAAUAAUAGAUGAGUUGUUUGCAAUUUUUAGCCAUGGGUGGACCCUGGCAGGGCCAAUCCUUCAUAUAAACACACUUUCGUAGCAUUAAUUUCUGCACAGCAGGUUGCGUUUUCACAGGUGUGUUCAAAUAGGGUAGUGCCCUUUUGGCUUUGGCCAUGAAAUUCCAGCCUGUAGAGUAUUUGGAAGGCAACUGUGGAAAUAAAAGGGGUGGUAAAGUUUCUGUCAUGAGUGCGUAUAGAGGUUUAUGCAGGAGAGAGAUUUUGAGACAUUCUGAUGGUAGAGGAGGACAGUUAUCUCUAUUACUGCAAGAUAGAUAGUGAAAUUAUUUCUUGAUUCCCCCCUACGGUGCUUUCUUUGUGAGAAAUGUAUUAUUAACUAAAAGAGAAACUACUGACUACAACUUCUUGGAACAGUAUUUGACUACUGAAGUAUACUGCUGAGAGUAUGACUUGCUUUCUUUUCCUUCCUCAUCCCUAGGGAACCACAUUGCGCUGUGGUAAGAGAGGAGCAGUUGUGUCACUUAGCAAUCUGUGCCUGCUCUUCUGUUUUCCUCAUACAAUAACCAUCUUUUAAAUGCAGUUUGAUGUUGCUGGCCAAUAAAGCUAAUAUUAUCUGUA